GAAAACAUGUAUAGGUAUAUAAAUAAAUUUUGAUGUAACUAACUUGAUUAUAACUUCAAGAUGAAGCAAAUAAUAAUCCUGUUGUCCUUCUUGUUUGCUGGGGUUAUUUCGCAAGAAAAUAAUGUGGAGUACACUAUUGAUCCAUAUAUUUUUGAGGAUAUCAUCAACAGCACCAUAGAAAGUCUUAGGCCAAGUAUUCCCGAUCCUCUACAAAUCGACAAUCUUCCACUUUCAUUUCCAGAUGAUGAAACCGCUGUUAUAAAGGGAAAUGCCAGCGUUUCUAACUUGGAACUCACAGGAUUGCAAGGCUUUGAAGUGACAGCUUUACAUUUUGCCAUUAUUGGAAUGCGACUUAACUUCACAUUACUCCUUCCCAAAAUAGACUUUUUUACCGAUUACACUCUUAAUCUUUUGAUUGGUAAUAGUGUGCCUAUUUGGGGAGACGGCAACGUCACUCUUAACCUUGAAAAUGCCGAGAUUCAAGCUAGUGCACAAGUUAAUCUCACUGGAGGAAUUUCCGUGGAAAAUCUUCACAUACAAAUUACCCUAGGAAAUGCCACGCUUGAGCUACAUGGAUUUCUCGACGAUGAAGAACUGUGUUCGUUGAUUUCUGCAAUUUUCAAUGACUUGGUUACAAAGUUAAUUGAUGAACAGCAAAACCUAAUUUCCGAAAUCUUGAGUCCAAUUAUAGAAGCUGUUAUUAACUCUAUUUUGGCUAGUAUUCUUCAGACGACCACUGCUCUUCCUGAGAUUGUUACUAAUGGUUUGAAUUAAAUUUUUUGAAAAUAAUAAAAAGGGGAAAAGUCAUUAUA